AUGUUGCAGCAGCUACACCAAGGACAACAGCUCCAAGGGAAAGCUCUAAACCAGGUUACUACCGAGAUUAAUACCAAAAUGAACCAUAUGUUUGGAGAUUUGAGCACCAAGUAUGAUAAUGUCGCGAGCCAUAUGAGACACAUGGACAUUCAGAUAGCUCAGACUGUUGAGAGUGUCAAGAGGCAGCAAGGUACUCUACCUGGUAAAACAGACAAAAAUCCUAAGGAGUGCAAUGCAGUUCAGCUAAGGAGCGGGAAGCAACUUUCCAAGCCGGAGAAGAGGAGGUUCACCACGGCUGAGAAAGGGAAGCAGAAAGAGUCGGAACAACUACCAGCCGAUACCCUGGCAGUAGAGGGGAAUACAGAACCAGCAGUUGAAACAAGUUCACCAGGGCCAGAACAACCAGCUGAAGCUGUUCGCCCAAUCCCAGAGGUUGUUCCUCCUCGCGAAUACAUUCCUAAAGUCCCUUACCCUGUUCCAGCAAAGGGUACUCGUAAGGACAUAGAGGAGAUGAAGUGCAGGAAGAUGCUGGAGGAUCUAAUCGUCCGACUCCCCCUGAUGGAUGUGAUCCAAAUGAUGCCCUCCAUGCGCAGCUUUAUGAAAGGAUUGAUCUCAGGAAAAAUAUCAGAGGAGAGCGAAUUCAUGACAGUUUCUAAGGAGUGCAGUGCAGUGCUUCAUAACAGAUAG